AUGAAGCCGCCUCCAACUGAUCCUUACGAAGCAUUCCGAUUAUUGAUUGACGACGAGUUGUUAGAUCUUAUAGUUCGCGAGACCAACGCGAACGCAAUAAGAAUCGGUAAUGCAGAAAACGUCAAACAAAACUCCAGAAUAAAAUCUUGGAAAGAUGUAACAAAAGAAGAACUGCUGAUAUUUUUGGGUCUGCUUCUUCACACAGGAACGAUUCAACUAAGCCGUAUUAGUGAUUACUGGAAACGGCACUAUCUGUAUAACAUUCCAAGCUUCGGACAAUUUAUGUCACGAAAUCGUUUCAUGCUGAUUUUACGGUGUCUACAUUUUACUUCCGAGUCAAGUGAAGACCGUCUAAUUAAAAUCCGACCAUUUAUGGAUCAUUUUAACAAUAAAAUGAAAAUGAUUUACUGUCCGGGUAAAGAGCUAUCAUUGGAUGAGUCCAUGGUGUUGUGGCGCGACCGAUAUGUAUUCAGACAGUAUAUAAAAAAUAAACGUCAUAAAUAUGGCAUAAAACUAUAUGUUUUAGCUGAACCAGACGGUACGGUCUUAAAAUUUCAAGUUUACGCCGGUGCUAAUGAUGAAACAUCAGGCAAAGGACAUAGCAGUAAGAUGGUCUUUAAACUUUUAGAAGAGAGACUGGACUGUGGCCACCAUGUAUACAUGGCCAAUUACUAUAAUUCUUAUGGCUUGGCUUUGAAAUUGUUAAAUCGAAAAACGUAUUGUACAGGGACGUUAAGAAAAAAUAGGAAAGGUAAUCCCGUCGAAAUUGGCUCUAUCUUACUAGAAAAAGGAGAAAACAAAUCCUUCUUCUUAAACGGCGUUCAUAUCGGUAAAUGGAGAGAUAAGCGAUACGUACUCUAUAUAUCUACUGAGCAUGGCAGUGAGAUGAUAAAAACUACUGCCAAAAGAGGAUCUGAAGUAGUGAAACCGAUGGCCAUCAUUCAUUACAAUAAUUUUAUGUCGAGCGUUGAUCUCCAAGAUCAGAUGUUGGCAUACUAUCCAGUACAAAGAAAGACGCUGCGAUGGUAUAAGAAGUUGUUUGUACAUGUGCUGCAAAUGAGCCUCAUUAAUGCGUUGCAUUUGUACAACAAAUAUUCAGCUAACGACAGAUUAAAUCUCAAUGAUUUUCGGUUAAAGAUACUGGAGAAGCUGUUACCUGAUCCUAAUGUCAUCAACCGACACAAUGUUUUGAAAGUGAAACAUGAACUCACCAAAAUAGAAAAGACAAGGACGAGACUUAAGACAGUAGGAAGUGUUACAAAAGAAACGAUCGAAGUGGCCCGAAAAGAAUGCAAAGGUUGCAAAGCAGAGAGAAAAAGGGUGCAAACAAUUUAUGAAUGUAAGCAAUGUCAAGGUUCUCCAGGUUUCUGUACAAAAUGUUUCUGCCUAGCACAUUCCUAA